UCAGAUGGUAACUCCAUCUGUUUUCCUUGCCUUUUUCUGCACACGAGGCUGGUGGUACUUUUGCAUGUGUAAAUUUUGGCCAACCCGGACGACGUGAAGAUAAACUUAGUCCUAGUGUCCCUUUACCCGUGGAAAAUACAGAUGUGCAAUCAACCCUGUAACAUGUGUUUGUUUGUCACCAACUCUAAGGGGCAGCGUUGGAGGAUCACUGGGGGAAAUGCCACACCUGAGCCCUUAUAGGGCGGGCGUAGGACUUGCACCCCCUCUAGAGGGCGUCCGUUUGGGGAUUGAGAGACCCCGAGGUGCAUGAGGUGGUGUGGGCAGAAGGGAGUCCCCACUGUGGGACGCCUCCUAGCUGUUCCCUGGGCCUUUCUCCCCGUCUCCAUUCACCCUUCACUGAAGCUGCUGGUUCUCUGCCUUCCUGUCUGUGUGUCACUGCACCUGACCACCCUUCCUGACUACCUUUUCUACCUGUCCCCUCAGCCCCAUCUCCAGCCUUGAUGACUCUGGAGCACACAGUUCUGUCCCCUGCAGCCCUGCACAGCUGCUCGUGGGAUGCACGGCCUUGUUUGCAGUUUCAUGGACCUGGGUUUGAGCUCAGGCUUUGCCAGGAGCUCACCAAGCGACCUCAUGCAAAUCACAUUCGUUAUCUCCACAGACCCCAGUUUUCUCACCUGGGAGAGGAUCUCCUGGGACACUGUAGAAUGUGAAUUCUAGGAGAGCAAAGACAGUGAUAAAACCUGGCAUUUCCCGCCUGUGGGAUGUCCCCACCUCAGGGACAGCUCCUCAGCUGGCCUCAUGUCUCUGCAGCUCCCCUGACACCUGCCUUGCAUGUAUCUGUUUCAGGGCUGGGAGAGGGCUCUGCCCUCCUUCAUCCGGACAGCAGGUCCCACCCUAGGUCCUUGGAGAAAAGUGCCUGGAGGGCUUUCAAGGAAUCCCAGUGUCACCACAUGCUCAAACAUCUCCACAAUGGUGCCAGGAUCACUGUGCAGAUGCCGCCUGCCAUCGAGGGCCACUGGGUGUCUACCGGCUGUGAGGUGCGGUCGGGCCCCGAGUUCAUCACCAGGUCCUACCGGUUCUACCACAACAACACGUUCAAGGCCUACCAGUUCUACUAUGGCGGCAACCGCUGCACCAGCCCCACCUACACACUGGUGGUCCGCGGCAAGAUCCGCCUGCGCCAGGCCUCCUGGAUCAUCCGUGGCGGCACCGAGGCUGACUACCAGCUGCACCGCGUGCAGGUCGUGUGCCACUCAGAGGCUGUGGCGGAGCGGCUCGGCCAGCUGGUCAACCGCACGUGCCCUGGCUUCAUGCCCGCUGGGGGUCCCUGGGUGCAGGACGUGCCCUAUGACCUGUGGCGGGAGGAGGGCGGCCGCGAGUGCACCCGGGCCGUGAACUUUGCCAUGCACGAGCUGCAGCUGGUCCGCGUGGAGAAGCAGUACCUGCAGCACAACCUGGACCGCCUGGUGGAGGAGCUCUUCCUGGGUGACAUCCACACUGACGCCUCCCAGAGGAUGUUCUACAGGCCGUCCAGCUACCAGCCCCCACUGCAGAAUGCCAAGGCCCAGGGUCCCCAGCUGCAGUCGCUGGCCCGUGGAUCUCCUGCCAAGGCCGGAACCAUCUCUUUCUGUGCAAACCACGACCACGCCUGCAUUGCCUGCCGCAUCAUCCACCGGUCGGACGAGCACCGGCCGCCCCUGCUGCCCCCCAAGGCGGACCUGACGGUGGGCCUGCACGGCGAGUGGGUGAGCCAGCGCUGCGAGGUGCGGCCCGAGGUCCUCUUCCUCACGCGCCACUUCAUCUUCCACGACAACAACCACACCUGGGAGGGGCACUACUACCACUACUCCGACCCCGUGUGCAAGCAUCCCACCUUCACCAUCUACGCCAAGGGUCGCUACAGCCGCGGCGUGCACUCCGCCAGGGUCAUGGGCGGCACGGAGUUUGUGUUCAAAGUGAACCACAUGAAGGUCACCCCCAUGGACGCAGCCACUGCCUCGCUCCUCAAUGUCUUCAACGGGAACGAGUGCGGGGCCGAGGGCUCCUGGCAGGUGGGUGUCCAGCAGGACGUGACCCAUACCAAUGGCUGUGUGGCACUGGGCAUCAAACUACCUCACACGGAAUACGAGAUCUUCAAGAUGGAGCAGGAUGCCCGCGGCCGCUACCUGCUCUUCAACGGCCAGAGGCCCAGCGACGGCUCCAGCCCGGACAGACCCGAGAAGAGAGCCACAUCCUACCAGAUGCCCUUGGUCCAGUGUGCCUCCUCGGCGCCCAGGGCUGAAGACUUCUCUGAGGACUCCGGGCAGCAUCAGCACCGGAGCCGGGCACCCGGGAGCGGCCCGUGUCCCCUGCUGCUGGCUGGGCUCGCUGGCCUUUGGAUCCUGCAGCCCUGGCACAGCCUUGGAUAGAAGCGCUUACAGAGUUUGAUUUUUCCAAACCGGGAUGCCUUACAAUUUACAGAUUUUCUUUACAGAAAGAAAAGACACUUCUUCCUCGGAUGCACUUGAGCGGCUGAGAACAGUCCUCCUCCCCCGCCUGGCCCCCGCCCGCCUGGCCUGAGUCAUGAGCUGUUUGAAGUUUUGGCUUUGAACUGCAUCCAGUCGGAUCCCAGGCCUGGGCGUCCUCACCAUAUAAUUGCACUUUAAGACCACAGAGAGGUUCAGGCGAGCGUGUUGGCAGCGGGAGCAGGGUAAGCGCUCCAUCUUCUUUUCUUCCUCUUCAUGAUUAUUGCAUUUCGGGGGGGAACUGAGGAGAAACAAAUAGCAGCUUCAGCUUUUCCUGCUGCUUCACUGCGGUUGCUUUCUGCUCCUUUGAGCCUGUCUCACUCUCCGAGUUUUCCAACCUGGAAUGCAGUGCAGAGUUGGUUUGGGACUGCGAUCCAGACACCUUUGAUGAAAUAAAGAAGAGCUAGGGGUGCAGGAAAAGACACUGGUGUAACGGAACCACCUUGACAGCUUCAUGCAAAAAGAGAGCAAAUCCACACUUUCAAAUGUUGAAAAGUAUCUGUAAUUAAAGUUUCAGAGUCAUUUAAA